UACGGUCACUCUAAACAUCUCCGCCAUUUUAGCUGUAGCUGCAGAAAAAUUUUCGCAACAAUAGUUGAAGGAGCUGUUGUUUAUAAUGUAAAUAUAUUAUAUGUGUGAUUAUCGCAUAUUCGUAACAGCUUUAUAAAUAGUAAUUUGUCAACAACGGGCUUUACUUGCAUUUAUACGUACGCCGCACGCCGGUGGCUAGUUGUUCGACUGUACGAGCGGCUUGUGAUUGUGUGCGUGUGUGUGUGAAAGUGGAAAAAGUGUGCACGGCACCGCUAAAUAAAUUGGUCGCGUGCGCCUAAAAUCAAUUUUGUUGUCCAGUUAAACGCUCACGCAACCAUGGCCGAUGGGGUAGUGCUGGACUUGUAUGCCGAAGAUUUGGACAAAGAUUUUGCCGGGCAAGCUCAGGAUGAAUUUGGUGGCGACGGCGUCGAUUUGUACGAUGAUAUCGGCGGCCCCACCGAGCCAGUAGCUGCAGGCGGCGGUGGCGGUGGUGGCACCCCAACUGGAGAUAAUGCAUCCGGACCUGGAUCCAUCGACGGCUCCUCUAAUGUCGGUCCCAAUGGAGUUUACCAUCAGGGCAGUGGUAACCAAACUCCAACAAUGAAUCGCCGCUAUCAACUAUAUGUGGGUAACCUGACCUGGUGGACCACAGAUCAAGAUAUCUCGAAUGCUUUACGCGAAAUAGGCGUCAACGAUCUGCAGGAGGUGAAAUUCUUUGAGAAUCGUGCAAAUGGUCAAUCGAAAGGAUUUAGCGUAAUAUCGCUGGGCUCGGAACCUAGUUUACGCACUGUACUCGAUCAAUUGCCAAAAAAGGAGAUGCACGGCCAAACCGUGGUAGUCACCUACCCAAGCAAGCAAGCGCUUACGCAGUUCGAGAGCUUGCAAAAGACACGUCCAGUACCGCCGCCGCAGCAAAAUGGACCACCACGUGGUCCCGCACCGCCCAACAUGGGCGGUCCGAUGCCUCCACAUCCGGGCGUCCCCCAAGGUGUGCCUCCAGGACAUGCGCCACGCAUGAAUCCCAACUUGCCGCCAGGUCAAUACCGACCACAUAUGUCGCAAGUGCCGCAGGUUGGACCCAAUUCUGGACCUCCUCGAAUGCAGCCGCCAAUGCAUCCACAAGGCGGCCCAAUGGGCAAUCAACAGCCACCUCCCAGGUAUCCACCAGCGCAAGGUCAAUGGCCAGGUCAACGUCCCGGUGGACCCCGACCGGGUCCACCAAAUGGACCACUCCAACGACCACCAAUGUUCCAGGGACCAAUGGGAAUGCCAGUGCGUGGUCCUGGACCGGGUCCUGAUUGGCGUCGUCCGCCUAUGCAUGGCGGCUUUCCGCCGCAAGGUCCGCCACAGGGUCCACCUCAUAUGCAGGGUCCGCCACGUCCGCAAAUGGGUCCUGGUCCACCGCCUGGCUCGGGUGGACCACAUGGUGCUCCCGCUCCGCAUGUCAAUCCAGCAUUCUUUAAUCAACCGGGUGGUCCACCUCCGCAUCCAGGUAUGGGUGGUCCUCCGCAUGGUCAACCAGGUCCACAGCCAGGCAUGAAUAUGCCUCCUCAGCAUGGACCACCACCUCAUUUUGCACAACAGGGUGGACCGCGCAAUCCGUGGCCAGGACCUCCGCAAGGAAAACCGCCAGGCGCUUUCCCCGAUCCACAAAUGGGGCCGCAAUUAACGGAAGUUGAAUUCGAAGAGGUAAUGAGCAGAAACCGCACUGUCAGCAGCUCGGCGAUUGCCAGAGCUGUUUCUGAUGCCGCUGCUGGCGAGUAUUCAAGCGCCAUAGAAACAUUGGUUACGGCCAUUUCCCUCAUUAAGCAGUCGAAGGUAGCUCACGAUGAGCGCUGCAAGAUUUUGAUCAGCUCACUGCAGGACACGCUGCACGGCAUUGAGGCCAAGAGUUACAAUCGACGCGAACGUUCGCGUUCCCGCGAUCGUUCUCAUCGCAGUCGUCAGCGUCGUGAGCGUUCAACUUCGCGCUAUCGUGAGCGCUCUCGUGAACGAGAGCGUGAUCGUGAUCGCGAGCGUGAGCGUGAUGGAGGCUAUCGAGAGCGCUCGCGCAGUCGGGAACGCGAGCGCCAGGCUCAGGACCACUACAGAGAUGACAGCAGCAGCCGAUCGGCACGGCCACGUAAGUCUCCGGAGCCUGUGGUUGCAGAAGCCGCUGAAGCGCCGUCAUCUAAACGCUAUUACGAGGAACGCGAACGUUAUCGCUCUUCGGAUCUUGCCCACUCGCUGAACUCCUUUGGGGAAUCAAUUCAAUCGCCUCGCAAGCUUCAACAGUCGAAUGCAACUCCAAUGAUAAACAUGGCUCACGAAAGCGAGCUAAGCAAUGCAACCAAAGUCGAGGAAAAGCUGAACAAUCUGUGUCAAGUUCACGACGAGAUCUGUGAGAUAGGCAAGGCAAUGAAUGGUUUGUGGAGCUAUCCAAUUCUUUCGCUAAUGGCCUACGGAUUCUUGAUAUUUACGGCUCAGCUGUAUUUUCUUUACUGUGCCACGCGAGCACAGUCGAUACCCUCGUUGUUUCGCUCUGCGAAGAGUCCCUUUAUCACGGUGGUCGUACUGAUCUAUACAUCGGGAAAAUGCAUUUAUCUGAUUUACUUGAGCUGGAAAACCUCGUUGGCUUCCAAGCGCACUGGCAUCAGUUUGCAUAAGUGCGGAGUCGUGGCUGACGAUAACUUGCUGUACGAAAUUGUGAAUCACUUGUCGCUAAAGUUGCUCAAUCAUUCCGUGGACUUUUCGGCUUGCGGUUUCUUCACGCUGGAUAUGGAAACUCUGUAUGGUGUGAGCGGCGGCAUCACUAGUUACCUCAUUAUUCUCAUACAAUUCAACCUGGCGGCACAGCAGGCCAAGGAUGCAAUCAACUCAUUUAAUAGCUUCAACGACACCGCAGGAUUGGUGGGAGCUGCCACAGAAUUUGGCAAUGAAAGCUCUUCACUAUUCGAUCUGGUUACUACUACCAUGAUGACACCUUUGAAUUAGUGUACUUCACGAACA